UUGACUGGUGCUAAUGGUUGAUACAGGUGGCUGCCAGCGUCCGAGGUAUCAACCAAGUACUUUCUUAAGAUGUACGAUGUUCCAAGUAGGGCAGUUUUUUGUAGUUCCGCUGGUGUUAUUGCAGGAAGCUGCAAUUUGCUGACGUAUCUUAUAAAAUUCUUGGACAUGGUACCAAGUGCCCUGAUGACAAUGAUGGGUAUCACUCUGACGUGUUUCAUCCACAGCCGUGUAGUUUUGAUGGCCAGGUUGCGAUAUUUCAUGAUUUUUUUUCCAGUUCUUUUUCUUCAACUCCGGCAUCUCCUGGUCCCGCGAUGUCAAUAAAUUGUACGUUUCGGUUUUCCACAACUGUGGUAUCUGGCGUGUUGUGUUCCAAGUGACGAUCCGUCCGUAUUCGAAAAGUCCCACAAGAUCUUCACCUUCUCAUUUUCUAUCACUUUUCCCACUUUCUGUUCCCAUUGGAUACAGGCAAGUCGUAUUUUUUUACAUAAUGACCAGUGGAUUAAUUUAGUCGCUCGGCCGUGUCUAGCUUUGCAAUCGGUUUGUGCGAUUUUGCUGCCUUCACAUAUUAAAUGUGAAACAGUUUCGACUUUGUUGUUGCAAAGUCGGCAGAUGAUGAUGAUGAUGAUUCUGCUCGGGUUGUCAGUCACACCCGGAAGUGUUGAAGUUUUUUCCCACUGGUGUGAACGACUACCCUUCUCAUCUUACGCAAUCCUAUGGCAGGAUGGGAACUGGAGUACUUCCACUAAUUCAGAAGAGCGACCUAUUCUUUUGGGUUGCCUGACCUUUCCAGGUUGCCUGACUUUUCCAGGUUGCCAUCCCAACGUGGUAGAGGCUUCCGAUGAAAUGGCAGGGAAGGGAACCCAUGUGGCCAUCUAGCCCACCCCGGCGGGAACUGAUCUCCUCCUGGGUUCUUGUAACUGUCUGAGGCUGGAUCUGCUCCCGAGGAGUUCCUUGGGUGCGGGGGGGGGGGGGGAAGAGCAGCGGGUGGGGGCUGGGGACCCACAUGGUCCCCCCACCUCCCCCCCCCCCUAGCAACUGGCUCCCAAGCGGCACCGGCUGCAGGCGCCCAAUUGCGUCUCAGCUUCCGCCUGGGGUUGCGUGACAUCCUGAAGCACAAACCAGUCGAUCAAGUUUGAGCUUAAACCAACCCCUGGAAUUCGAAAGGUCUCUCUUUCUCUCUCUUCUUUCCUCUCUCUCCUCUCUCUGCCUCUUUCUCUUUCUCCCUCUUUCUUCCUCCCUCCCUUUCUCUUUCUCCCUCCCUCUUUCUCUUUCUCCCUCUUUCUCCCUCUCUCCCUCUUUCUCUUUCUCCCUCUUUCUCCCUCCCUCCUGUUGUUUCUCCUUCCCUCUUUCUCUUUCUCCCUCUUUCUCCCUCCCUCCCUCCCUCCCACCCUCUCUCUCACACACACACCGGUUGAAUGGCUCAGUUCGGUUGCCCGAGUUACUCCGGUUCGCGUAGUUCGGGUCCCGCAGCCGCUUUCCAAGCCCAGCCCGAUAAAAGCCGCGAUCGCUCGUGGGCUCCGGCCGCACUCGCCUGGUUCUCACCCCCCCGCCGAGCGGGAUUCCCCUCCUUCGCCAAAGCCAGGUGAGCAGAUCGUGGCUUCCCCGCGAGAAAGAAACUCGGGUGGGGAACAUUCGCGGAAACCCCACUUCCCCGCGCGCCCCUCCGCGGACCGGCGCCUGCCCAUCAGCACUCGGGACAGCGAUAGCUGGCCCAAUUCCUUCCCUUCUACGGACCCUCCCUAUAAAAGAAGACCCCCUACCCUUGCUUCCCUGCGAGACUCCGGGACCCUGGCCCACCGGGGCUGCCGCUUCCACGGACUUCUUCCCGGGAAGGCCUGGGAGAAGGGAAUCCCGGGGCCGCACCCGUCUUCCUGCCUUGCCAACCGGGCGCCGGGCGCGGCUUCCCUGCCAGGCGGGGGCGGUGUGCGGAUCGCCGGCUGCCUACCUGGCGGCGAGCGAGGGGUUAAGGCUGGCGAGCCCUCCCCGCUGCCUUCGGCCUGCCAACAGCUCGGCACGGAGAAAGAGAAAGACAGACAGACAGACAGAGACAGAGGCGGCCGCCCGGGCUCUGCCCAGCCGGCCAGGAGAGCCGGGCACGGGCUGCUGUGCUUCCAAGGAUGGAGAAGAGACCAGGGACCAGCAGGUGAUGGGUUUGCAAUUCUCCCAGGAGACCCUUGGUUUUGAGCUGGCCUGCUUGAUAGCGAAGAAGAAACCGUCCUGCGUUGAUCGGCGGUCGUAUUGAUUCUGAUCCCCUUGCAAGAACAAAAGACUUGGAUUGUAGAGAGAUUGGCAAAACACCUCACCUUGAGAGAAAGAGAGAGAGAUGGCUGGAGACCGCACCCUGCAGGACCUGGUGACCUUUGAGGAGGUGGCGAUCUACUUUUCUGCAAAAGAGUGGGAGACGCUGACCGAUGGGCAGAAGAGCCUUUACCUGGAUGUCAUGAGGGACAAUUAUGAAGCCCUGGUGUCUCUAGGUCUCGCCGCGCAGCCCCCCAGCGUCCUCCUGCAGAUCGAAGGCUGGGAGAAACCCUGUGUGGGGAGAGCACAGUUCCCCAAAUCCAGAGAAGAUUCAAAAGACAGUUUUGGGGCAGGUGGCCAGCCAACCAUCAAACAGGAGCCUUCGCUGGGUGAAGAUGACACAGGAUUGCCCUGCUGCCCACCAGCCCAGAAGGGGAGCCAGGAGCACGGGUCCCACUCUGAGCAGCCCCAGUGGCCGGGAGGCUCCCUCAGGCCUGAUUCUGCAGUAAACGGAGCGGCCGUUCGGUCUCCCUGGGACACGGGGUCCGAGUGGGUCGACUGCAGCCUGGUGGGUGAGCAGGCUCUACCAGUGGAAUUUCAGUCCGUACCUCGAGGGGCUGAGGAAAGCACUUUCUGGCCUCGGAGUGUUGCUGUCCCCCAGCCAGGCGCCCACGAGGAGAUGCUGUUGAUUUGCACCCAGUGCCAGAAAUGUUUUCCCGUCCAUUCUGCUCUCCCGACAGCGGUGCCCCAUGGAACCACUGGACAGGUAUGCCCUGAAUGUAAGAAUGGCUGUGUUAAGAGCCCCCUGACCACCACUGAGUCCCCAAGCCGAGCUGGGGUGUUGCCCUGCUCCUGUGCGCACUGCUCCACGCCGGGGACCCGCCCAAGAGGUGUCCUUAAGGAGGAGAGGCCCUACAAGUGCGGGAAGUGUGACAAGACCUUCCGAUACGCUCACGAAUAUAGCUGGCACCAGAAGGUGCACACCGGAGAAAAAACCUACCGAUGCAGUGACUGCGCCAAAGUCUUCCGGCACAAACAGGAGCUGACGUGGCACCAGCGCACCCACACGGCAGAGUGGCCCCACAAAUGUGGCACCUGUGAGAAGAACUUCCGCUUCAAGCAGGAGCUGACGUGGCACCUGAAGACCCACUCCGUGGAGCGCCCGUAUAAGUGCCCGGAAUGCGAGAAGAGCUUCCGGUACAAGCAGGAGUUCAUGUGGCACCAGCGGGCCCAUGUCGGCGACCGGCCGUACAAAUGUCCGGCGUGUGAGAAGAGCUUCCGUUUCAAGCAAGAGUUCACCUGGCACCAGAGGAGCCACGCCGGAGAGAAGACGUACCGGUGUCUCGGCUGCGAGAAGAGCUUCCGCUACAAGCAGGAGUUUGUCUGGCACCAACGGAUCCACACCGGGGAGCAGCCGUACCCCUGCGCCUCCUGCAGCUCCACCUUCACCUGCCGGCAGGAAUACAUGCGCCACCAGCGGCUGCACGAUGGGGAGAAGCCCUACCAGUGUCCCCACUGCGAGAAGACCUUCCGCCGGGGCUCCACCCUCAUCCGGCACCGGCGCAUCCACAUGGGUGAGGGGCCCUUCAAAUGCCCGCACUGCCAGCGGGCCUUUGGCCAGAGUGCCAACCUCCUGAAGCACCAGCGCACACACAGCCUGAAGAACGAGACGCUGGAGGCUGCCUCAGAGUGGCAGCCCUGCCUGCAGAGCUUGGGGGCGCCCAAGCUGCACGAUACCGUGCCCAGUGUACUUAGCCUGAAUGCAGGUUCGGGGAGUGCCCUGCUCCUGCUAAAUCUGCCAGACCACAACCGUGGGAGAGAUCCGGGGGGCCAAGCCAGAUGCAUGGGAGCCUCCGAUGUGACCUGACUCAAGUGGUGGCGUUUUUUGGGGCCGGGAUCUCUUCAACCUCAAGAGUUGAAUUGGGUCCACCAUGUGUCAGACCUGCCCCAGCUCAGGACUUUAGGAAAGGAAAACCCUGGACUACAUUCCGUUGAAGUGUGAUGGGGAUUUUUACCAAGGCUAAGUGAUUGCAGCGAAAGUGAGGCUAGAUCUGAAGAUUCCCGUGCAAAAUGUUACAUUUCCCCCUCAUUUUUUGACUUAACCCAUUGGGGUGAAAGAAACAUGAGACAUCUAUUAUUAUUAUUAUUAUUAUUAUUAUUAUUAUUAUUAUUAUUAUUAUUAUUAUUAUUAUUA